AUGGGGAAGACAAGAGGAAUGGGAGCUGCCCGCAAGCUGCGGAGACUCCGUAUUAAGCAAAGAUGGGCAGACAAGCAAUUUAAAAAAUCUCAUCUUGGGAAUGAAUGGAAGAAGCCUUUCGCUGGUUCAUCCCAUGCCAAGGGAAUUGUACUUGAAAAGAUAGGUAUUGAGGCAAAGCAACCUAACUCUGCCAUUAGAAAGUGUGCCAGAGUUCAACUCAUCAAAAAUGGGAAAAAGAUAGCCGCAUUCGUGCCAAAUGAUGGUUGCUUAAAUUACAUUGAAGAAAAUGAUGAAGUUUUGAUAGCUGGGUUUGGACGUAAAGGUCAUGCUGUCGGUGAUAUCCCUGGAGUCAGAUUCAAGGUUGUGAAAGUUUCGGGUGUCUCUCUUCUUGCUCUCUUCAAGGAGAAGAAGGAAAAGCCUAGGUCUUAA